AAAAAGACCAUCUGUGGAGCAAAACACCACCCUCUUUCGAGGGUGUAGCCACCCCGGAUGGGGUUUCUCUAAGUCCGCCCGCCUGCGGUAUUUUUCAAUCCGUCAUCUUAACCGGCCACUCUCAGCCUCACGCACCAACUGCAUACGUCCUCUUUACCAGGCUUCCAAGCCUCUCUACGAACCAGGCCGCCCGAAGUCAACUCGACUUUUUAACACAAGGGUCGAGUUGAGAAUCGAACUCAAGACCCAGGUGAGGGUUGUCGACGGUAGUGAAACGCUACCUCGGGAGGUUAAAUGCCUGGAAUCCGGCCGCGGGCUUACAC